GAAGAAUGCCAGCUGCGGGACAAGAAGUGCAGGCCGUGCCACUUCCACGGGUACUGGGGGGAUGUGGCGAUUCUACACGGAGGACUCUCCGGGGCUCAAAGUUGGUCCUGUUCCAGUUUUGGUCAUGAGUCUUCUUUUUAUUGCUUCUGUGUUUAUGCUGCACAUCUGGGGUAAAUACACACGUUCAUAGACUCAGCUGCCAACUUAAAGCAUACAUCUUGGACCAAAAAUAUGGUGGAUCCCGGUUGUUCUUGGAGAGAGACUGGGGAAGCUUCCUGUCACCUCUUGAAGCCCUGUCAACUUUGGCUCUAAUAACGAAUGAAUUUCUCAGUUUGCUAUUUGGGCAGGUUUAAAGCCUGUCAUGGGUCAUUUUAUAUUUGUAUCUGUACACUUAGAAUACAGGUAUUGCAAUAAAAGUUGUAUAUGGAAAUAGAAA